AUGCUGCACUUUUUCGACUUACCAACUGAAAUAUUCCUCGAGAUCCUCUGCUAUCUGCGCUUGCCCGACCUCCACAGAUGCAGUCGCGUGUGUCAUUUGCUCAAGGAUACAAUCGACGGCGCGCUACACAUCCAAUACCAGAUGCAACUCGAGCUCGCAGGGAUGCAGAAUAACCCAAAUUCGAAGGCUUGCAUAGCGAGCCGCUUGGAUCUCCUUAAGGCACGAGAAGAGGCGUGGAAGACGUUGGACUGGAGCUUUGUAACGAAGAUCACCGUACCGUGCCAGUCGUCGGGCGUUUACGACCUCACGCCUAGCGUUUAUCUCCUUGGGAAGACAUUGAGCGGCGAUGUGUUCGAAACCACGGGGAUUCAGUCCGUUCAGCUGCCUGCAAGAUUUCCGGAGGACCUUGAAACGGUCGCAGUAGAGUGGAACGAGUUUGAUUUUGGGAUGCAUAUCAUCGAUUUUGGGACGGCGAUUGAAGAGCACGAUUUGAUGGUAUGCGUAUCUUCUGUCCCAGACGAGGACGACCGCAACGUCUCCCAUAUCGUUGCCGUUCUACUGCGGUACUCAACGAAGAGGACACACGACGACUGCCAGAACCCCGUCAUUCCCAUAUGUCGUGCCCGAGCGUCGCAGGGACAACCUAGCAUCAGCAUCGAAGUCGUCGGAGAGAACCUCGCUCUUACUGUUGUCUUUAACCAAGAUAGAGCCAUGUCCUCGGACUAUCUCUAUAUCUUCGACUGGAAGACCGGCCGAAGCAAAUGCCACCCAGUUCAAAUCUAUAACAUAGGUCUUGUCUUCCUUCGUGAGGACAUUCUCGUGAACCCCAACAUCGUCCGCAAGUCUCUUGACAUCUACCACAUUCCCCCAUCGUCCCUGCUCUCUUUACCCACAGCUUCCACCUCGGUCCGCCUUCUCCAAUCUCUGAUCCUGCCUUCUUUGAAGCUAGGCCAGCGGAUAACGAGCAUAUCAUGCCGCAGCGACCCCAACCCAACUGCGAACGCUGCAUUUCCGAAGUAUACCCGGCCGACGCGUCCAUACGCGAACGACUCUUCGGACGCGAUCAUGAUUAUGACCCUCGAGGUCUCGCCCUUCAAUCGAGGUUCUUCGCGGAACUACGUCAUGAUCGUCCACCGCCGCGCGCUUCUCCACCUCGCCAUCUCCGCUCUACCUCGGAAGUCGGGCAAGGGGCUGCUUAAUCUCGUCGCAUGGGAUACGUGGGGCCCGCCCGUGACGCGGUGGUUCAACGCAGACGAUUUCUCGACGGUGUUCAUCACAGCGACGUCUGGCCAGCGCUACGUACAGCUUACGCCCUCCGAGCGCGGGCACCCGCGUGGGUCCAACAUCCCGCUUCCGCGUGACACCAUCCACGUUCUCGACUUCAACCCAUGGCACGUCCACCUGGCGCGCCGUAACCCAGACCCGAGGGAGCUCAUAGUCGGCGUUGUGGAUCCCAAAGAAGGGGAGAAGGAGCGCGAAGAGAACAUUUGCCAUGCGCACGAGGCGUUUGCGCAGGAUAUUGUUGGCAGGCUGCCGUAUGUACGCUGCACCUCCGAGGAGAAGUGGGAGUUCUACGAAGCGGUGCUGAUGGAUGAGGAGAGGAUACUCGGAGUUUCGAAGUACCUCGAGGACGCCGUUCCUCCAUGGUCUUCGCCGGGGACUUGGAACCAGGAGGCCUACGCCAAGGUGCCUCGCGCCAUCCGGAGCGUCCCAACCCAAUUAAAGCGUCCUAUUCUACGCCCAAGCCACCCAAGACAGAGCGUGCGCGAGGAAAGUUCGUCGUCGAAGCGCCGAGAUGCCGAAGACUCGCGAGCGGACGAGCGGUCCGGGGCGGAGAGAAACCUCAGAGAAGCCAGAACGUGUGGCUUCUCUUGCCAAAUAUCCCACCCUGAUUUCCUUAUUUCUACCUUCCCCGCUUUCGGCCUUACGAACUUCCUCACAUCUCGCCGAGGCGCCAUAUCCUAUGGCUCUCGUUCUGACUUCUUUCAAGAAUCAAGAAGUACGCUCGUGGGGAACGCCCGCGAGCUCUAUGGAGAAUUGAUCAUAAGCAUAUACGCAGACAUCCCAGAAGUCGGAGACCGGCUUCGCAUUGUGGACAGAAAGCUGGUUAUCCUUGGCCUCACACCUAUCGCGAGCGAUCAACAAGUUCCUCAAGAACGCCGUUCCCCCAGAACAAGGAAGCCUACACCAAGGUUCUUCCCACCAUCCGGGGCGUUCCAAUCGGCCUAUUCUGCGCCUAAGCUACCCAAGACAGAGCGUGCGCGAGGAGAAGACAUUUCGCUGACGAAUGGCCGAGAUUCCGAGGAGCCGUCUUUAGCACCUAGUAAGGACGAGCUUGACCUCCUGCACACGCCAUGA